AUGGUCGUCAAGGUCGGAAUCAACGGUUUCGGUCGUAUUGGCCGCAUCGUCUUCCGCAAUGCCGUGCUCCACGAUGACGUUCAGGUUGUUGCUUGCAACGACCCCUUCAUUGAGCCUCACUACGCUGCCUACAUGCUCAAGUACGACUCCACCCACGGUGUCUUCGAUGGCAAGAUCGAGGUCGACGGCAAGGACCUGAAGGUCAAUGGCAAGACUGUCCGCUUCUACACCGAGAGAGACCCAGCCAACAUCCCCUGGUCCGAGGUUGGCGCCGACUACAUUGUCGAGUCGACCGGUGUCUUCACCACCACCGAGAAGGCCUCCGCUCACUUGAAGGGCGGCGCAAAGAAGGUCGUCAUCUCUGCCCCAUCUGCCGACGCCCCAAUGUUCGUCAUGGGUGUCAACAACAAGACCUACACCUCCGACAUUCCAGUCAUCUCCAACGCCUCGUGCACGACCAACUGCUUGGCCCCUCUCGCCAAGGUCAUCCACGAGAAGUUCACCAUGAUUGAGGGUCUCAUGACCACCAUCCACUCCUACACCGCCACCCAGAAGACCGUCGACGGUCCAUCCGGCAAGGACUGGCGUGGAGGCCGUACCGCGGCCCAGAACAUCAUCCCAUCCUCCACCGGUGCCGCCAAGGCUGUCGGCAAGGUCAUUCCAGACCUGAACGGCAAGCUCACCGGCAUGUCCAUGCGUGUGCCAACCUCCAACGUCUCCGUUGUCGACCUUACUUGCCGUAUCGAGAAGGGCGCCAGCUACGAGGAGAUCACCCAGGCCCUUAAGGAUGCCGCCGCCGGCGAGCUCAAGGGCAUCCUCGACUACACCGACGACGACAUCGUCUCCAGCGACUUGAACGGCAACCCCCACAGCUCCAUCGUCGACGGCAAGGCCGGUAUCUCGCUCAACAACAACUUCGUCAAGCUCGUCUCGUGGUACGACAACGAGUGGGGCUACUCCCGCCGUGUCCUCGACCUCCUCGCCUACAUCGCCAAGGUCGACGGCAACGCUUAA